CACGCCAUUACCCCAAAGCCAAAAGAGCUUCGCUGGUGGCUCAUUGGGACUGAUUCUGGUGCGAAGAAUAUUGCUUUUAACUGCUUACAGCGCACGGCGACGCACGCUGCGUUCCAUUGUGUUCCCGCACACCUAGAGCCACUGCUGCAGCAUCGCUCCUUGCCGCCGCACGCGCACGUAUACGCGUGGAGAAAAAACGCCAGCGCCGGACGCGACCGACGCGGCAGGAUGGCAUCGCACGUCGACGACGACGACGACGACGCGUGGUCCGGCAGCGGCUGCGAGGCCGCCGACGAGGAGCCGAAGGUCGCGGCCCUCACCGACCCCUCGAAGCUCUUCGCGACGGCUGCAGAAGCUCUCGAUUUCGACAAAGCGCAAGGCUUCGACCUGCGUGCCUGUAAAGUCACGGAUUUCUACGGCGCGGUGAAGCUCGUGAACUUCGUACGAAAAGCAGUGGCGGACGGCGUCCAGGCGAGCGAACUCCAGGCGAUCUGUGCGUCGGUGAUCGAGCUCGACGACGACCAUUUGAAGCCCGUGCUCGAGAACGAUGAAUUAUUAUCGAGGCUCGAGGAGGUCUUCGACCUGAAAGAGGACUCUGAUUCCGCGGCGACGGGUAGCUAGCAGCGUGACUGGGGGGUUACUUCAUGAGGUUGAUGCACAGGUCCCCCCCAGCUCUGCCAGCGCUGCCACCAGAAGUUCACGACAAACACGGCGACGGCGUGCCGCUACCACCCCGAGUCCUUCAGUGGGGAGGACAGCCAGCGCUGGACGCCCGCGGGCGACAAGCCGCCGGAGGGCAAGAGCACGGUGCACUACUUCUACUCGUGCUGUGGCGCAGCCGACGUGAACGCCCCCGGGUGUGUCGUCGGGAGGCAUCUCGGGUUCGGCGAGGAGGACGACUGGGGCCGGAAACCCGAUGACAGACCUCCUAGUCCAUAAAAAUUA